AUGAGCAGCGGGGAGGAUGGUGCGUCGAUAUGGACGAGCUCAUCCAGUGCUGCACAGAUCAAAGCGCUAUCUGGCGUCGAGGAACGUCUUGCACACCUCUUGCAGCUCGCUUCAGAGCUCAUGACUGCCCUUGCACCCGUGCUGGAUCCUUCAGGCAAGUCGAAGAAGACGAUGGAAGACCGAAGGGAGGAGAUCAAAGUCAAGGGGAACGAGUAUUUCGCUACGCUCAAUGCUAUCCAGACAGUCAUCAGGCUGGCAAUACGGCGGAUACGUAUCGAGCGGAUGCCGUUGAGACCGCUGCUCUCACCCCAGAGCGUGUCUAUUGCAGGCGCAAACGCAGAGGUGGGAGUGCCGGCUCAUGCGCGGCCGCCGUCAGAUCAAGAGGCGCUGCGAGAUAAGACGCUCAGUCUGCCAUUGAUGCGCAUCGAGAGAGACGUCUGGCGAGAUUUAAAGGAGCUGAUCAAGUCUGAUAGCCUGCGCGCUUUGCUGCAAGACGUGAUGACAUCGGGAGAGAUCAGAAGCGAAGAUGAGGAGAUGUUGCUGUGA